GCAGCCCGAGCUCGGCCAGCAACGACGCGGCCGCUGAGAGCGCACACGUGGACAUGUACCCGUAUCAACAAUGGAUUAUAUAUCAGAGGGUUGAUCAAAACAGAUCCCGCAGCGUGAUGUGCGUGGGGCGGGUUGCCCAACUUCGUACGAAACGUAUAAUUUUGACACGCACGAUGAACCCUACGCGUGCGUACAGUACCGCGCGUGUUGCCUGCGCGGACGCAUGUGCUUAAGAUUUGUUUCUGUUUUGAAACAUCGGUUUCGAAGAUCGCGAGAUAAUUUUUUUUCGAAUCGAGUUCCAGGGAAGAAUUGUGAUUUUCCUGUAAUGUUUUUUAUUUAUCUUUAUUUUUAAAGGUUUUAUAAAUGAAAAACGCAAUGGAUGCUGGACGGACAGUUCGUUGAUGUGUUUACUGUGACAAUACAAAACCCAAACACUUAGUGCAUUGUGUGUUGUGUGGUGUAAAGUGCGCCUGGAGGUACUGGUGUUGCUGGUGUGGGUUCAAGUGCUAGUGCAGUAUGUGCGAGUGUGUGUGCGGACUGUUGCUGCUGCUCGCUGCCCUACCGGCGCUCGCUGGUCCACGCAUCGCACCGGCAACUACUGCUGCAGCCGGUCCUGCGUUCGAUGUGCAGCAGCAAACCGCAUUGUUGGCGCGUGUGGGCGAGGCUGUUGCGCUGCGCUGUCGCGUGUUACACCUAGCUGAUCGCGCGGUGUCAUGGGUCAGGUCGAGUGACCUGCAGAUAUUGACGCACGCGGGCGCGGUAUUUACUGCCGAUGCGCGCGUAUCGUGCUACGAGGCUCCGGCUGGGCCUGGCGUAGGAGACACAGGCUCGGAUGAGCUGCUUGGUGAUAUUCUGACGUCACGAGACGACACUGGCCGUGUGACGGGUGCAGUACAUACGCUGCGCAUCGAGAGGCUACGAAUGAGCGACUCUGGCAGAUACGAGUGUCAGAUCAACACAGAGCCCAAAUUGAGCUUGUUUUUUAAUUUAACAGUAGUAGCAGAAUCGGCGUUACCGGUGGUAUCAGUACGCGCGGUUGGUACUAACGGAGGUGCGGUGUGGGGCGCGCCUGGUGGAGCAACGAGGCUAACUUGCGAAGCUCGGUACGAGGUCACACAUAGCUCGGCGGAGUUGCCAGCAGACGUUCUUGCCGCACUGCCACCCUUGCGCAUGCGUUGGCUGCAUAACGGGAUAACACUAGAUCCACAGCAGGGUUCUCGUGGAGGCAUAUCACUGGAUACGGAACGAUGGGCGGGCCGUGUGGUGUCUCGGCUUACGCUGGCGCAGCUGAGCGCGCUCGACGCGGGGCGCUACACGUGCGCGGCGGCCGACCGUAGCGCCACCCUACUCUUGCGAUUGCAAGGAAUGGACGACCAAGACUAUGAAGCAAUAGAGAGUGAAAUGGAGACCAUGCAACGUGAUCAAGCCGUAGCGCGAGUGAGCGGGAGUCCUCGCUCACAAAGGGCGCCUUUUGCAGCGCUGCUGCUGCUGAUACCACUGGUUCUCACGUGACGACGCCUGCGCACUGCGGCGGUGUAAAUCUUGUACAUAUGGUUAUUUAUAGAAU